GAGCGUUCCCACAACCAACACAAACCACACUCCAACCAAACCCACACCACACCAAACCAACCGACCUUCUUCUUCUUCUUCUUCUUCUUCUUGGUGUGCGUGCCUUCCUCCUUUGGUACUUUGAUUCAGCAGGGAGAGUGUGUGCGUGUUUCAACACACGAGCCGUCGUGCUUGAUUGAGCUGUGUGUGAUUGCGUUUCUUCUGCGCUGCGCUGCGCCGCGCGCUGUUGAUCGUCGUGUGGCAGGCUGCUGCUGUCCUCAAUCAAGACGCACCACAGCAGAAGCAGACAUUGGCUGGCCCCGUCUCUCUUCUCCAUCAGCCGAUCGGACCCUGCCACUUCACUCAACACGAACACACGAGAAGCAAGCAGAAAAAGCAAGCAGGCGAGCAACCUCACACUUCAUUCCACGCACCAGCCCAGCGAAACCAAGCAGCCCGCCAAGCGGAACCAAAGGUGAUCUCCGUGUUGACACCGCCCAGGCAUGUCGAUGAGCGCGUUCAUGGAGGCACCGCCACCGGUGCACGCGCUAGCAGACUGGUCAUGCGAAGAAGUCGUCGCCUGGCUUCACCAGAACGGCUUUUCCGACUUUGAGAGCAGCUUUCGCAACUUCAAAAUCGCAGGACACCAGCUGGCGGAUGCUACCGCAGACCAGCUGGCCAAGAUUGGAUAUCAGAGCGCAGAGCGCAGAAAGGCGCUUGUGAAGGCAAAGGGGCGGCUGAUGAAACAGCAGCAGAAGCUUUUGCGAGAGAAUCGCAAGUCGCAACUCAUGAUGCAAGGGCGGUUGGAUUCCACGUCGUCGGCGUCAACGGGCCCGUCAGCGCCCAACUCCCCGCUCGCGUCCCACGUCAUGCACGCGAAAAAGGCGGUGGGAAAGAAGCUGCGCAGGUUCACAAACGUCAUUAUGAAACGCAACAGCCCCAAUGCGCAGCGGCGUUUCAGCCAGCCACCGUUGCCUGCAGGCAGGCGUGCACACGAGGAUGCAAACAGCACAGGCACAGACACGCGCGCGUCGCCAACUGCAGACGAUGUGAGCGGCACGCAACAUCACGACACCUUGCGUAACCAUCUUGGCCAUGGCGGCGUGAGCGCCAACGGAAGCGUGUUCCCGUCCGUGUCUGUCGACGGCAGUGACGGUGACGGCAGCAGUGGACAAGUGGAUACGUUCUCCGAUGACGAUGAUGACUGGGAUGAUGACGACGACGACGAUGAUGAUGACUUUGAUGACAGCGAUGAUGACUUUGAUGACAGUGACGAGGAGACCACAGUCAACGUGCCUGCUGCCGAUGUCGGCGGCUCUGCGGUGACACCAGACGAUGUGUACGGGAACUGUGAUGCAAACUGGUACACGAACGCGCCAGAGGAGGAGGAACGCAAGGCCCGCGAGCACUGGGAGCACGUGCACGAAGAACAGCAACAUGAGCAACAACAUGAGCAGCAGCAACAUGAGCAGCACCAACACCAACACCAACAUGACCAACAACAGCAGCAGCAGCAGCAUGGCGAAGACGAGUACAUGAACUCUGCCGUGUUUCGGCAGUCGAACAUGCCGAGCGAUGAAGUAUUUCGCUUGGCGCAGCAGACGGAGGACCACUGGCGCGAUCUCGAGACGUUUGCAGACCAAACCGUGCAGCCAGGACACCACCAGCACCAGCACCAGCAGGAGGUGGUGAGUGGUGCUGGCAGCAGCAUGAACAGCAGCAGCACGGGCAGCACUGUGGAUGUCACGCAGCACCCAACGCAUCAACAGCACAGCCACCCUGGUGACAGUCACACCUCCACCGCCACCGCCACUGCUGCUGUGUCCAAACCGCCCAUUGCGAAGAAACCGGCAGGUGCGACGAAGACGGCGCACAGGGGGCGUCGCCUGGGCAACACACGCAAGCAGAGGAAGACAUUGCCUGCAGGCAACGGCGGCACGGAACACCACGAGGAGCCAGGAAGCGCACAUGGGAGUGGAAGUGGAUUGGUCGCGCAGCGAACAGCCAUGUUGACACACCACGACAGUCACGAUGACAGCGGUGGCGAUGAUGGCGAUGAUGUGACGGCUGCGCGUGCGCCGCCACCGCCCGCCCCAACAGCAGGUGUUGGUCGAUUGGCGAAACCAGCCAUUGCGAGCAAACUUGAGGGGCAACUGCAGCCCAUGCAGCCACCGCACCAGCCACAGCCAAGCCCGCACCACCAGCACCGGCGCGAUGGCAAUGACGACGGAGGUGGUGAUGAAGACACCCACGCAUCCAUCCACGAAGUGUGCGCGCCGUCUGUUUGGGAUGUGUCGUCCUCGGCAGCAACACGGGCAUCUGAACCACACGCACACACGCACGCGCACGCGCACGCCAAGCCCAAACUCAAGCCCAAGCCCAAGCCCAAGCCAGCCGUUCAUCAUGAGCAUGGUUACCAACAUCAACACCAACAGCAGCAUCAGCACCAACAGCACCACCAUCAACACCAACAACACCAGCACCAGCAGGCGCGACAGAAGUUCACCUUUGGCCGCACGGAUGCAGAAUUGCUGUCUGCACACAGCAGCAGCGAUGGCGGCGGCGGCGGCGGCGGUGGUGGUGGUAUUGUGUUGGACGGUGUGCCGACGCGAGGGAGCGAUGCCAGCGUGAACAGCAGCUGCAGCAGCAGCAACAACAGCAACAGCAGCGGCGAGUGGGGCCGAUUGCCGCUGUCAAACACGCGCGAUGACAUGGAAGGCGCCGUGCAGCAUCAUCCCCACCACAACCAUCAUCACAAGCACAGUGGCGGUGGCGGCGGUGUCGGCACUGCAUCGCCGCUGACAUCCGAGCUCCGAACACGGCUCCAGCACAAAAGCGCAGCACUGAAUCGAGCCAUGGGCACGAGCGGUGGUGAUGGCGGUAGUGAUGAAAGCAGUGAUGGUGGUGACGGUGGUGAUGGCGGUGGUCGUCGUCGUGUGAAUGGAAAUGGGGUCCACGUGACGUUGAAGAAGGACGAUUCUGCGUUUGAUGACAGCGAUGUUGAGAUUGCACCUGCGCCACCACCGCGCUUUCACAUCCACGUUCCGAAGAAGCCACACCCGUCUGGACUUGCUGGGCAGAGCUGGUUCAGGCCAAACCUCGACAGAGAGGCUGUGGAGAACAUUCUGCACAACGAGAUGCAGACGGGACGGUUCAUUGUCCGCGAGUCCAAGUCAAACCGCGGCGAGCUGACGCUGAGCGUGCUUGUCGACGGCAACAUUCGUCACAUUCGCGUGCGGCAGCUGCCCCAGGGCGGCAUUGCGCUGCGCGCCAACCCGACGGAACGGGAAAUCUUCACGGAUAUGGCGCAUCUGGUCAGCACGUACUCGCGCGUCAAGCUCCAGCUGCGUGACAGCAUCCCGUUCUACCUCAUUCCAACGUGUGUCACCAAUGACAGCGAGGCGUGAGCUGUGGUGUGUGGGAUGAGUGUGCGUGUGUAUGAUGGGAUGAAUGAGAGCGUGGAAAAGAGAGAGUGUGUGUGUGUGCGCGCGCGCAAGUAGCUGGUGCGUUCAAGUGACAUUGGAAUUGACAAACUUUUAAUUGCAGUGGUUUUUUUCUCUGCUUUGUUGCGCGCGCGCGUGUGUGUGUGUGUGGUGUGUGGUGUGUGUGUGUGUGUGUGUGUGUGU